CUGUCUCCACAGCGCCCACUACCGCACGGAGAGUGUUAGUAGGAGUGUUAUAUUUAAAUCACAAUUAUAAUAUUAUGAUUCCUAAAUGAGUUAAAUAACAGAUAGACACCAACACACUGGGGCCCGAGGUGUAUUUACUCAUAAGGUUUAUGAAUGGAUUCGUUUAUUAUUGUUUGCGACAGUCGUUGGUUUUCAGCAUUUGGAUUCCCUUUACGGCAGCAGAAGCGUAUCUGACAGACAGACCUUUACGGCAUCAAACCUGCCGCUGCAGCCAUGGGUUCCCGUCGAUUGUUCCGGAUCGGUUCCUUCGGGAGCACCGCGCUCCAUCGCUCCCCGUCACUGCUCGCCUUCCGACCAGAGCCCACCUGUCCACAGGUUGAAUUGGGCCGUUGUCUCCAGAGAGGAUUGUGUUCCCGCCGGGACGAGGUGAGCCUGGCGGAGGAGGCCAGCAGGAUGUACGGGUCUCCGGCUCCCACCAUAUUCUCCAAGGUUAUCGACAAGAGCCUCCCUGCAGACAUCAUCUACGAGGACGAGAAGUGUCUGGCCUUCAGAGACAUCACCCCCCAGGCUCCGGUCCACUUCCUGGUGAUCCCCAAGGUCCAGAUUCCCCGGAUCAGCGCGGCCCGGGACGGGGAUGCUGAGCUUCUGGGUCACCUGCUGCUGGUGGCCAAGAAUGAGGCCAAGAAGGAGGGUUUGAGCGAAGGCUACAGAGUCGUGAUCAACGAUGGGCCGCAUGGGGCCCAGUCUGUCUAUCACCUGCACAUCCACGUCCUGGGAGGGCGGCAGAUGACCUGGCCCCCGGGAUAGAGUGUGUGUGUGUGUGUGUGUGUGUGUGUGUGUGUGUGUGUGUGUGUGUGUGUGUGUGUGUGUGUGUGUGUGUGUGUGUGUGUGUGUGUGUGUGUGUGUGUGUGUCAGAAAGUCCCUUUCCCACAUGGCAUAAUCGAGUUCUGAUUAUCUAAAUGUCAAUAUUUUUGUAGUAUGUGUGUGAUUUAAUCCAAAUAAAGAUUGAGUGUACGCCUAGACGUGGGUUUGCGUUUUUGAUUGUUGCCAUACCAACUGUAUGUCUCUCUAAUCUUCAUAUAGUUCAAAACCCAUCUGACUAGACGGUUUGUAAGAGUGAAACAAAGUUUAUUUUGCCGUUAGUUUCGACUCAUUCUGAAAUAAAUUUGUACUGUGUAAAACCGGUUCCAAACCGAUAAAACGCUGCAAACUGGUAUUUAGUCUUUAGUGGUCUUAUUUGUUUUGCAUCAUUGGUAAACUUUUAUUUACUCAUCCAGCAGGCAGAGCAGAAAGGAGUACUUUAUGUUAUGGAAUAGGUCCAACACUGCCUGCCACGGGCCCGUUCCCUGAGCUAGAGACAACGUUUGUUCCAGUCCUUUAAAUAGCAGGCCUCUGUUCUAGAUUCUCUGAAAUCGUCCGAACUGUACAUGAAGUGACAGUUUGUUUUUUGUGACUGAAGUGAAGGAUUCAUU